CGAUUCAGUCAUCAGCAGUCGACGGUAAAGCACGAGCACUGAAAGGUCCACAACACCAGGCAGUGAAACAGAAGUGAUAAAACUACCGGGGAUAUUAUUUUAAGGAAAACAAACAUUUUAUUUAUUAUUCUUCACCAAUUUGUAUUUCAGCCAACUGAGCAGCGCCAUGUUUAUCUCUUCACAAAACUCACCGCCCUCAUUCAAAGAUUUCACCCUCGUCAUGCCAGCAGUUGCUGUUGGUAAUGUGGGCCAGCUGGCUGUAGACCUCAUGGUGUCCACACUUAACAUGAAAAGAGUGGGCCACAUUCACACUGACUGUCUCAUCCCCAUGGCUGGGAACAACCCGUACGCCACCAGCAGUGAGGAAGUGGAGGAGCUGCACACACCUGCAGAAGUGUACACAGCAGCAGAUCUGAAGUUAGCAGUUCUUCAAAUCAGGGCACCAAUUAUUCAGACUAAAUCCAAAAAGUUCAGACAGCUGCUUGUAACUUGGAUUAAAGCCAGCGGGUUCUCCAGGACUGUCGUUCUGUCGAGCAGCCACGCCUACCAGAGGGACGACCAACAGAUGCAAGGCACUGCAUUGAGGUACCUGGUCACUCCGUCUCUGCUGAAGCUGAGUGCGGACACAUUCAAAGAGCUCAGCUGGAGGGAAAUGGAGCGAGUGCAAGCCUUUCCAGGAGUGACGGAUGUCAACACAGAGCCGCGCCUGUACAUCCCUGGAGGAGGAAUAACCAAAGGACUCUACACAGACAGCUGUGCAGAGGAUCUCCCACUGGCUGUGCUGCUGCUCUUCUGUUCGGAGGGCGACAACAUCCCAGACGCCUUCACGCUCAUCAAUCACCUGAACGACUGGCUGCAUCUGCUGGACAGUCCUAGCCAACAGCCCAAUAAGUGGAAGAUCCCUACUUCCUGGAGUCUCCUAUUUGGCAGCGGCAUUCCUCCAGCACUCUUCUGAUACACACAUACUGGUAUUUGUUUUUUGCUAUAUUUAGCACAGCUUCUGGGAAAUGCAGUGAACUCUAAAAAUGCUUGGAUGUUUUCUUUGACAUUUGUAUUUUACAGAGCUUUGUGAAAUAUUCACUCGUGAAAAUCUGAUUGGGGAAAGGAUGAUUGUUUUUGGUACCCUAAGCUGAUAAUACCUGGGGCAAGGACUGGGGAUAGGACACUGUGUCGUCUAAACAACGUCAUGUGUUGAGUUUACCUGGCGUGACAGACUUCACAACAUGGUUUUAAACUGAUCCUACCUGUCUGCUUUUUGACUUGCAUCCCAGUUUACCAUGAUCUUUUUAUGUAAAAACAUAACAUCAUACACAGGAACAGAUCCAAACAUGCACUUCAGUAGUACUAUUGUAUACUAAAGAAUAUUAUUGUUAUAGUUUUUUUUCAAUAAAAGAUUCUUACAAAA